GCUGGCUGCUGGGAUGGCAGAUGAAGAAGAAGACCCCACGUUUGAGGAAGAAAAUGAAGAAAUUGGAGGAGGUGCAGAAGGUGGACAGGGUAAAAGAAAGAGACUUUUUUCUAAAGAAUUACGGUGUAUGAUGUAUGGGUUUGGGGAUGACCAGAAUCCUUAUACUGAGUCAGUAGAUAUUCUUGAAGACCUUGUCAUAGAGUUCAUCACUGAAAUGACUCACAAGGCAAUGUCAAUUGGAAGACAAGGUCGGGUACAAGUUGAAGAUAUCGUCUUCUUGAUUCGAAAGGACCCAAGAAAGUUUGCUAGGGUUAAAGACUUGCUUACUAUGAAUGAAGAAUUGAAACGAGCUAGAAAAGCAUUUGAUGAAGCAAACUAUGGAUCUUGACACCUUUUGUACUUUCUGAAGCUUCAUUAUUUUCUGGGGAAACCAUAUUUAAUAACUAUAUUUUUCACAGUAAGGUUCUGAUAUCUAGCCAUGUGAAUGAAAGAUAGAGAACCACAAAGUUUUCAGUCUUUAUUUACAUGUCUUCAAUU